CCGGAUGCGGCUGGGCUUACGGGACCGGCGUGGAAAGGGAUGAGGUUGAAAUACAGCGGCGUCGCUGCCUACCGGUAAGCUUGAGUUUCGUCGUUCUUUUGCUCCAGCACCAUGGCGUCCAUGUCUGGGUCGAAGCCCAACUGGAUGAAGCCUUCCGGCUCUUGGAAUAUCUUUGCAAGCCCCCGAUGGAUCCGGAUUGCGCUGGCGACGUUUGUGGUCGUGUCGACAUUUGUUUUUCUCGCCGUGGAAACGCGCGCGUUCGAUCAUAUUUCCAUUCCGGAGUUUAAAAGUCACAAAAGCGACAGCGCUGCCAAACCAGAAGAAAAGGAGCCAAUACCGCAAGCACCGCCUUAUGUCAACGCCAACAUCACUCUCGACAGGGAAGAGAGGCUAGCAUACGUCACAUUUCUCUCCGGAACCGUUGAUGCGGGCGAUGAUCUGGAGGAGGACAAGUACUUCCAAGCUAUCCGGAUUCUCGUCUGGCAGCUCGUACAUAAAGAGGAGACUCGCACAAAGCACGAUGUCGUCGUUAUGGUCACACCCAGCGUCUCUCAGGCGCGGCGCGACCGGCUAGCGAAGGACGGUGCCAUCGUUCACGCUGUCGAAUUCCUGCACACCGAAAACGAUAGUUGGGUUCACGCCGAGCUGCACCGAUGGGAUGACGUUAUGACGAAGCUACGCGUCUGGGAAAUGACACAAUACGACCGCAUCCUUGUCAUGGACGGAGACUCGAUGCUGCUCAAGAAUCUCGACGGCGUUUUCGACGACCCGGGCGCCCAGCUCCUUGCCACCAAGCCCACGAACGAGACGAACUUACCCUCCACCUACCUCCUCGCCUCCAACUCCGAAGUCUGGGACUCGACCCAUUCCUUCCCACCCGGUCACGGCACCGGCCUGAAGAAGGCCGGCAAAAUGAACGCAGGUUUCUUCAUCCUCGCACCCUCACUCGACGCGUUCGACUACUACAAAGAGCUCCUCAACACCCCCAACUCCUUCGAUCCCCGAUACCCCGAACAAAACCUCAUGAACCACGCACAUCGUUGGGACGGGCCGAUGCCGUGGCGGGAGAUAGCAUAUACCUGGAACAUCCGUUGUCCGAACGACGUGGAUAUUGCCAAGGGCCUGGUCAGCGUCCACGAGAAGUGGUGGAAACAACCGUAUAUUUAUGAGAACGCCAAGACGAAGCAAUGGCUGUUGACGAGGCGGUGGGAAAUGAAGGGCUGGUAUGACGCUUUUGAGGGAGUGAACUUGACGCGCGUAUGAGUACUUGCGAUAGCAUAGCAGCGAGGCGCUUUGGAGUUAGAUGUUUGUUGCGAUAAUACCCAAUAUCAUAUCAUGUUCAUUUCAAGAUUAUAUCAUACAAAUUUUGGCCAAUAUCCACAGCUUACGGUGAUACUCAGUCUCGAAAGCGCCAAUGUGUUGACGGAGCGAGGUAGUGCAAAACUAUAGAAGGUAUUAUACUAUGCUACGAAGAACCAUCUUGCUUGCUCAUCGCUGAAGAUACUGAAACGUGAAGCGAAAAAAGUAUACACACUGUAAGACAUGCUCAAACUGCGCUGUCAAUGAUGCAUGUAAGUCGUGGCGACUCGCUGUGUAGCUUUUGAACACCGCAAAGCCUAUCCAUACGAGUGCUUCGGCCAUGUCAGCUUACAUCUGCUUGUAGAUGCUAUCCAUACGAUCCCGAAG